UCGUUUCGGGAAACCGGCGCGGGAUCGCGAUCGCAAAUGUCGUCUGCCGUAACUCGUGCGACGAGUAUUUCUCGGUCGAGCGUCAAGCGGGGUUGCAUUUUUUGUAGCGACUUGUGUUACCGGACGAAGAAAGGGUGGUUUCUCGAUGUGCGGCGGCGUCCAGAGCGACUUCUAAGUUAGAACCCUGAACGAUUGCGGUAUCGGUUGGUCGAGCUUAUGUAAUACUUGCGAAAGAUAGGUCAAUACUAUUCCGUUUGUACGUGCGUUACGGCUUACAUCUUGUGAUACCGUAUCAUCGUGGAUCUGUUUGCAUUAGGCUCUCAGUUGACAGUGACUCGGAUUUUUUUUUUACAAUUUAAGAAGAAUUUUGCUUUGAAUCGUACCGUACCCACGGACGUGGCACGAUCCAAGUCAGCCAGUGAAUACGUCCAUCAUGUCUCCUCCAACGUACAACGACCUGGGAAAAAGCGCUCGUGAUGUAUUCGGUCAAGGUUACCACUUUGGUCUUUUUAAACUAGACGUGAAGACCAAGACCAAUUCCGAUGUAGAGUUCUGUUGCGGCGGCGUGUCUAAUCAGGACACGGGAAAGGUGUUUGGUAACUUGGAAACUAAGUACAAGUUCAAGGAAUAUGGAUUGACAUUUAGUGAGAAAUGGAAUACUGACAAUACCCUCGGGACUGAAGUCAGCCUCGCCAAUAAGUUGCUCAAUGGUCUCACGGUUGGUUACAGCUGUACCUUCUCACCACAAACAGGCUCCAAAACUGGAAAAUUGAAGACUACUUAUAAGCAUGAAAAUGUGUCUGCAAAUGCUGAUUUUGAUCUCAGUCUGUCGGCUGGACCCUUAAUUUAUGCCUCGGCCGUCGUAGGUUAUCAAGGAUGGCUGGGUGGUUAUCAGGCAUCCUUUGACUCACAGAGAAACAAACUUACAAGGAACAACUUUGCUCUCGGCUUUACUGCUUCUGAUUUUACUCUCCAUAGUGCAGUGGAUAAUGGACGCGAAUUUACUAGCUCCAUUUAUCAUAAGAUAAAACCAGAUUUGGAGGGAGCAAUUAAUUUGGCGUAUAAUUCCAGUAAUAAUGUAACACAAUUUGGUAUUGGUGCGAAGUAUAAUCUUGAUAAUGAUGCUAGCAUUAGAGCCAAAGUGAAUUCUAAUCUUCAAAUAGGUUUGGGAUACCAACAGAAGCUGCGGGACGGUGUAACUUUGACACUUUCUACAAACAUCGACGGGAAGAACUUUGGAUCUGGUGGCCACAAGUAUGGCGUUGCAUUAGAUCUUCAGGCUUAAAUACGUAUCAUAUAAAAAGUAAUGCUUAACAAAGAAGCAAAAUUUUAUCCCAUACGAAUAAAUAUUUCGUGACCUUUGUGACAUAAAACCGGCGUGACAGUACAUGCUUCAAAUAAAGUAUUAGCUAUAACAUGUAGAUAGAUUGAUCCUUGAAUAGACGCCACAUCAAAAUAUCAUUUAAGAUUAGUUGAGAAGCACAUCAGUCUAUAUUAUACACAGUCAUGAUCAUAAAUCAGCAAUAUCUCUUGUGAAUGAUAUAAAAUCGCAAUUAUGCAUACAAGUUUGUACUGUUAGUCGUACUAAAGUUCCACAAAUAAUUUUUUUGUUAGUUCCUGUUGACUGAAAUCCUUACCAUAAAAAUCGAAAUAUGCUGGAAUAAUGUAAAGUGGAAAAGGGGGAAAGGGAGAAAAAAUAAUAGUAAAAUCAACGUUAAUAAAGAUAUAAUAAUAGAUAAAAA